AUGUCUGAAAUAGGCAAUGUCGACCAGAGCGCUUACUCGUCACCCCAUCCUCGGGGCGCGCGUAUUCAGGCUCUCAUCAAGCUCCACGGCGAGAAGAUCGACUGGGAGGCAUUUAAGGGCAAUGCGAUCGAUCUGGGCACCAACAUUUCACCCGACGACUUUAUAUUGAAGAUGCACCCCAACGCCGCGACCUGCGCCUCCCUCAAAUAUCCGCGUGGCCGCCUCUUGCAGCUUCGGGGCGUCGUCAAGGACAACGAGCUGCGCCACCCGACAAUGCUCGACGCGGACGGCGAAAAGCAUGGCAUUCACGAGACGUCGAUGGAGCUAGCCAUCCACCCGUACGGUCCCGGCUUCAUCAUGGCUGACGGCAAGGGACGUAUCGUCGGCCUCCUCGCCGGCGGUGCCGGCCAGACAGAUCCCCUCUUCGACUGA